AUGAAUGAAUCUCAAUCGAAUUCUAUUCUCUUGAGAAGACUAGGUCGACCACCAGUGUUGAGCGAGGAACUUGAAACUAAACUUGUUAAUUAUGUGCUUACAAUGGAGUCAAAGUUUUAUGGGUUGAUAAGAAGAGAUCUUGAAUAUAUGGCGUAUCAAUUAGCCGAAGCAAACAAUGUGCCGAAUCCAUUCCGGGACCAAAAGGCAGGCAAAAAUUUGUUUCAUGGAUUUAUGAGACGCCACGCUGAUAAACUAUCACUGCGUAAGCCAACGGGCACAUCAUUCGCUCGUGCCUCCGGUUUCACUCGAAUAAAUGUUAAUACAUUCUUUGAUAACUUAAACAGCGUCUAUGAAGAGCAUCGAUUUCCCCCUGAAAGCAUUGUGAACGUCGACGAAACUGGAAUUACAAUUGUCUAUAAAAAACACCUAAGGUUUUAG